AUGGCGCUCCAACAACAUGAGCCCGUCAUAGUGGCGCCUCAGUCCUCAUUAUCUUUCACGCAGGGCUUUCUUCUCGGCCAACUCUCCGUUGUCCUACUAAUCGGCGCCUUCAUCAAAUUCUUCAUCUUCGGCGAGGCUCCGCCGCCCCCAUCGCGCGGCCUCUCUAACCGCACAACCCACCGCCGCUACAGCUCCGUCUACAGCCCCUCGCAGGAUGGCCACAAAUCUCUACGAGAAAAGCCGUCCACAUCCAAUGUCCUUCGCCCUGUGCCAGCCUCCUCUACAAAUACACGCUCUAUACUUCGCAAAACCUAUUACAGCGCCAUCCCUACGAAUCCCUCCUCCAAACAUGGCCGGCAUCGCAUGCACCACUCCUCCCACCAGCCUGAAUCGCUGGACUGGUUCAAUGUGUUGAUUGCGCAAACAAUUGCACAGUAUCGACAGACGGCAUACUUGCUGAAGGAUUCACCAACUUCCUCAAUUCUGAACUCCCUUACUGCGGCUAUGAACAACCCCGAAAAGAAGCCGUCUUUUAUUGAGAAAAUCAAUGUCACGGAUAUCUCGCUCGGCGAGGAGUUUCCAAUCUUUAGCAAUUGCCGGAUUAUAACGGUCGAUGAUCCUAACUCAGAUGGUGGAAGGUUGCAGGCGCUGUUGGACGUGGACCUGAGCGAUGACAACCUCUCCAUCGCUGUAGAGACUCAAUUGGUUCUGAAUUACCCCAAACCUCGUUCAGCCAUUCUACCCGUCGCACUGUCUGUCUCAGUUGUGCGGUUCUCGGGGACAUUAUGCAUCUCGCUGAUCCCAGCAUCGACGGACCCCCUUCACACGCCUGCUACAUCACCCACGCCACCUGCAGACGCAUACGCAGGUCCCAACAGCCCCUCGGGGGCUUCAGAUGCCAACGCUACGCAAGACCAGGCUCCACCCAAGAGCAGUCCAAAGAGCAAUGUGGCGUUUUCGUUCCUCCCUGAUUAUCGACUCGAUCUGUCUGUGCGGUCUCUCAUUGGGUCUCGCAGCAGACUGCAGGAUGUACCCAAGGUGGCGCAACUCGUCGAGGCCCGAGUACAUGCCUGGUUCGAAGAGCGUGUCGUCGAGCCCCGCGUGCAGGUCGUUGGACUCCCUGACCUGUGGCCACGCAUGGGCCGGACGGGCGUGCGGACCGGAGACGACUCCGACGCAGGGUCUACUGCGCCGCCACGAAGUGCUGGCUCAACAGAAGCUGGAGGGCCCAUUCGUUUCUCUGAUGAGCAUUCCCGUGAGGAAGAGGGAUUGCGGUUCCGUGGGGGGUUGGAUGCGCGGCUAGGACUUGGUGCGGGCUCGCGCAGCAGCAGUUUCAACGUGGAUAUGGGCGGCUGGCGGAGUUCGAGUAUGACCCGGCAGGAUAGUACCGGUGCUGCGAGUGACCAGCUUGAGAUGCCCGGUGCCAUGCCUGGUGGGGCACCUGCGGCCCGAGGCUGA